AUAAAGAGCAUGGCCUUAAUGAUUGAGAUUCAUGAGAUUUGCGUGUGUCUGUGUGUUGUUUACGUUGGUAUGCUUGUCAAGGGUUCAUGGCGAGGCGGUGUGUGUCUCUAUACACUUCACUUUUUUUCUUUCUGUUUCUGUUGAAGAUCAAAUAUAGUUUCUAGGAUUCCGAUUAUUUAUCGCUCUUGGAAGCUAUGACGACAUCACGAGAACCUGAAGAUGAUGUCAACAUGCUUUCAACUGGUUUGCAACUCAUGGGCCAUCAUGGCACAUGGAUGGAGCCGUACAAGAUCCUUGAUCAGUCAGCGGGGACAACAAACUGACAAAGGCCCUGACUGCAUCACGCUCCAAGUAACCUUCCAAAGGAGACGGAGGGUCUCUAGUUUCGAUAUCCUAAUCAUUGGCUAACGACGUGUUUAAUGCUGAUUAGAACAGAGAUUAAAAAGGGACCUUAAUAAAUUAAAAAAAAAUUAGAAAAAUAAACAAUGUGGGAAUAGUAAUCAUCAUGACACGAUGGAUUGAGACUGUGUACUUGUUUUUCCUGAAUUGGUGACGCCAUUGCAACGUCUCAUUGAUCUAGAAAAAGAACUUAUCUUCAUUUCCACUCUAAAUCACUGAUCGAACCCAUCUUUAAGAAUCUAUAAUUACAGGAGAAAGUUAGCUCCUUUCUUCCUUCAUUUGCCCCUCCCGAGAUUUCGCUCUUGUCUUUACACAGCAACAACAAUGGCGGAUCUCAACCCCAGGAUCGAGAUUUCGUUUCUCGAAACAUUCAUUUGCAGCGCUUUCGCAGCUUGUUUCGCAGAGUUAUGUACCGUACCAUUGGACACAGCUAAAGUAAGGCUUCAGCUCCAAAGAAAGAUCCCCACCGGAGACGGUGAUAAUUUGCCCAAGUACAGAGGCUCCUUAGGCACUCUCUCUACCAUAGCAAGAGAAGAAGGUAUCUCAGGACUUUGGAAAGGUGUUAUUGCAGGACUGCAUCGUCAAUGUAUCUAUGGUGGCUUAAGGAUUGGUUUAUACGAGCCUGUCAAGACAUUGUUGGUUGGAAGUGACUUUAUUGGGGAUAUUCCAUUAUAUCAAAAGAUUCUUGCAGCUUUGUUAACCGGGGCUAUAGCUAUCAUAGUAGCUAAUCCAACCGAUCUUGUAAAAGUUCGGCUUCAAUCAGAAGGAAAACUACCAGCUGGGGUUCCUAGGCGUUACGCUGGAGCUGUAGACGCUUAUUUCACAAUAGUGAAGAUGGAAGGAGUUAGUGCGCUGUGGACAGGGCUUGGUCCUAAUAUAGCAAGGAACGCUAUUGUAAACGCUGCAGAGCUAGCUAGUUAUGAUCAAAUCAAGGAGACAAUUAUGAAAAUUCCAGGAUUUGGAGACAGUGUUCUAACUCAUCUGCUAGCUGGUUUAGCUGCUGGAUUCUUUGCUGUUUGUAUCGGUUCUCCAGUUGAUGUGGUGAAAUCUAGAAUGAUGGGAGACUCUACUUACCGAAACACAAUCGAUUGCUUCAUCAAAACCAUGAAGACUGAGGGAAUCAUGGCCUUCUACAAAGGAUUCCUGCCGAAUUUUACACGGCUAGGAACUUGGAACGUUGUUAUGUUCCUCACACUAGAACAAGUGAAGAAAGUGUUUCUAAGAGAAGUAUUGUUAGAUUGAUUCCCGAGAUUCCUCGUCUAAAAGAACAUAUACCUUAUUACAUUAUUCGUUAUAAGACGUCGAAUUGUUAUAUAUACACUUCUAUGUUACCUGAACUUUCGUCAGUUAGAUUAAUAAUGAAACAUUCUUAUCUAAUUUUAAAACACUUAUUAGAA